GCGAAUUUGCCCGAUAAACUUUAUCCAAUCAGAAUAUAUAUUUUUUAUCUUUCACCUCACUCACCUUAAUUGUACUCCGAUAAAGUUAGCAAGAAAGUACAAAGAGACAACAACGUAACAUAUCACCACAACCAUCAUCAUCAUCCUCAUCCUUUUCUUUUAUUUCUCUCAUCCCUAAUUCCUUCUCUUGUUGGAAAGCAAAAGCCACUAACAAAAUAAGCAAUCUUAAAAAUAGGUUUGAAAAUUGUUUUGUUUUCCUUCAAAUUUUAACUCAGCAAAAUAAUCUUCACCAGAAUAAAGUUGAACAUUCAACAAUACUUUUGAAACAAUCCCGUUAACAUCAACGUCUACUUAUUGCCAACAAUUCGUCACAUUGUUAAUCCAGUUAUCAAAGGAGAUCCAAAGGAGUAAACAGUGUGAAAGAAAGUUUGUCCUCUUAAUCACAGUUUUACCUAAGAUUGGAAGAGUAAGAGUUGAACAUUAUCACAGAUAUCACAGUUAAUAGUUGGGACAAGAGAGAUCUCGAGAGAAAGGCUGAAAGAGUGUCAGAAGAAGAGAGAGGGAGAGAGGCAGAGUGGGAAAGUGAGAAGAAGAUAAGAAAUUGAACUUAUUACAAGUGAAUUAUCAUUAACUUGUAAAGAGAUGAAAAUGGAGAGAGGGAAGGAAAAUGGAAGGAAAAGUGAUCUUAGAAGAAGAAAGUGAAAGAUUGGAAAAAGAAGAAUAAAGUAAACCGAAAUUUGUUUUCUAUUGUCUAAUAACUAGAAAUACAUAAGUUUUUGUGACACAAAAAGUGAAACCUGUCAACAUAAUCAUCAAUAUCAACAUAAUAAUCAUCAUCAUCAUCAUCUUUACUUCCACGUUUUCUUCUUCUUUUUUUCUCCUCUCUAUUUCUUCUCUCUCCCUCUCUUCCAUGUUUAUUUGUGUUCGACAUUCACUUGAACAACAUCACCAACAAUAGAUACUGAAACACUCACAAGAGUAAAUUUUGUUAACACAGUGAUACUUUUUCCCUUUCUCAACUCAACAUACUCUUCGUCUGCCUUUUCUCUCUCUCUCCAACCAUAUCAUCGUUUUAAUUAACCAACUCUUGAUCAAGUUAUUCAACAGUCUCACCAUCAACCUAACCAACAACAGUACCAACAAUUGAACCAACAACAUUUGUACCAACAUUAUUGCUUCUUCGUUUAUCCGCCUUCUCCUUUUCUCGCCCCAACCAAUCCACCUCCUUCUGCAUUCCUAUUUUCAUCCUCUGAUUGUGUAAAUUUAAUAUUAGAAUCUUUCUUUACACUCGCUAUUUUUCUUUGCUCCUCUUCUGUUCUCUCUAAUUCUCUGUUAUUUGGUGAGUGUCUAUGUAAACGUUAACACAAUCAUCAACAGUUACGACCAAAGAAAGGAAGAGGAGGAACAAGUUUUUCGUCAUCAUAAACAACAUCAUUGGAAACUAAAAGAAUCAGAAGAGCAACGACUAAGGAGAUCAGUAAGCGACAUUACUUGAGAUAAGACAACCAAGAAAAGUAACCAAACGUGUUGCAGUGACCCUCAACUGUCUUGCUAUUUUGUUAUCGCUUUAUUUCUCAACUAACCGUUUAACCUUAUUACCCAUAGUGACAACCAACAAGGAUUCAUUACCAUCAACCGCCUAAUCAUCAUAAUUAACGAUAUCACAAGCAUAAAGGAGAGAGGGAAAAAUUUGACUUUUUUUGUUUGUUUGCUUGUCUAUUUGGAGGAGAAAAUACAUGCAUCAUAUCAGCUUCAUAUUGAUGUAGCCAUUUUUUUCUCUUCGUGAUUCAAAUUUUUAACGUGAUUACUGCCAUAAGCCUUGUUGCCAAUUUGGAAAAACAACUUUAUUCAGAGAUUGAGAUUAUUCUCGUUCACCUUUCAUUGUCUAAAUUUGUGGUUCAUCGUUUUAAUUCAUUGCACCAUAUCACCAUCUUAUAAUUACAAUAUAUUCAAUUUGAUUUGUUUCUAUUUUUCGUAAGAUAUUACUUGUUUAUUACUUUGGGUUGUGGAUUGAUCGUUUUGCACCAGUAAAUUUCAACACGACAACAGUUUACCAACUUUGCCAUAUCAAUCAAUUAUUAGCGCCAAUUUUGUUUGAUAAACAACAAUCAAUUUAACCUAGUAAUCAAGUUUACUUUUCAUCAACCAUUUGUUUUGUUUUAAAUUAAACCUUCAACUUUUUACCUGAAAAGAAACAAAGAGAAACAAAGAAACAAAAAACCGUAAACGAUGGAUUCGGAUGCCAAUGCUCGUGUUCCAAUGCUUCAAAGUGGCUCCGGGGCAAAAACAACUGCCUCAGGUAGCAAUGGUGUACAAACCUGUGUACGGCUUACUGAACCUAGACCUGGAGUUGUUCAGCGGUGCAUAGACUGGAAUUUGGAAAAUUUGUUACUAAUUUUGACCAUAGCCGCAGUGGUUGGCGGAGGCGUUGUCGGUGGUUUACUCCGAUACACUUAUCUCUCUGACGACACUCAAAUGUUGAUUAAAUUUCCUGGUGAAAUCCUCAUGAGAAUGCUUAAGAUGUUAAUAGUACCUCUUAUUGUAUCAUCGCUCAUUGCAGGGCUUGCUCAACUGGAUGCUAAAUCCAGCGGGAAAAUGGGAUCCCGAGCAAUUAUUUAUUAUCUUGCCACCACAGUACUUGCAGCCGUUUUGGGUAUUAUACUUGUCUUAAUUAUCCAUCCUGGUGAUCCAAGUAUAAAGAAGCAACUGGGUGGAGGAACACCUCGAAAAGUAUCAACAAUAGAUGCCUUCCUCGAUCUUAUUCGUAACAUGUUCCCUGAAAAUCUUCUAGAGGCUUGCUUCAAACAAAUGCAAACUGUUUACGUGAAUGUCACCAAAACAAUACCAGCUUCCAAAGCAACUUUCGAUGCAAAUUCAACCUUGAUUAAUGCAACACUCAACUCUGUACCUCAAACCACCACUGUCCUGACAAGAUCCUCCGAAAUGAAGGAUGGCACAAAUAUUUUGGGUCUCAUUGUAUUUUGUACAGCCUAUGGAAUAGUACUCCAGCAAGCAGGAGCAUCUGGUGAAGUGAUGAUUCGUUUUUUCAUUACUCUCAACGAUAUCAUUAUGAAAAUUGUUAUUAUUGUUAUGUGGUAUUCACCAGUUGGUAUAAUGUCACUUAUAAUAGGUAAAACACUUGAGUUGGAAGAUGUUAGAGCAACUGCACAACAACUGGGAAUGUAUAUGGUUACUGUAGUUGUAGGUUUGGUGAUACAUGCAUGUAUAACUCUUCCACUUAUAUUUUUCUCAAUUACACGACAAAAUCCACUCACCUUUUUCAAAGGUAUGUUACAAGCUUGGGCCACAGCCUUGGCCACAGCAAGUAGCGCUGCCACAUUACCAAUUACGUUUAAAUGUUUGGAAGAAAAUCUCGGUGUUGAUAAAAGGGUGACUAGAUUUGUGUUGCCCGUUGGUGCUACCGUCAACAUGGAUGGAACUGCUCUUUAUGAAGCUGUUGCGGCUAUUUUCAUCGCACAAAUGAAUAAUGUACAUUUAGGAAUUGGAGAUGUAAUUACUGUAAGCUUAACCGCAACAGCAGCCUCAAUUGGUGCUGCAUCCGUUCCUUCAGCAGGUUUGGUAACCAUGCUUCUUGUGCUCACUGCCCUUGGGCUUCCUACGGAAGAUAUAUCCAUGAUUGUAGCUGUUGACUGGCUUUUAGACAGACUGCGAACGUCAAUCAACGUCCUUGGCGAUGCUUUCGGUGCUGGUAUCGUCUACUAUUUGUCCAAAGAUGAACUGGAUAAGUUUGACCAAGAACAUGGCUUGGAACUUUUGGAAUCUCAAAGGCAAACGGGCCCAAGAAAGUUAUCAAUGGUUUCGCCGACUCGAGGUGGUUCACGGCCAUUAAAUCAAAAUGCAUUAUCAAAUAAUCCCGAAACGGAAAUAUAAUAAUAACCAAUACUGCUAAAUAAUUGUCUUAAAUAAUGUUUCAUCAAGGAAAGAGCGACAAAAAAUGGACUCUCAAGAGAAGCCACUUUUUUCCAAACUUCAUCAUAAUUCAACAAAAAAUACACUUUAAAUGCUACUGAAGCACAUCCAUGUAUCCAUAUAUAUCUUCACCUGACACACUCACACACCUCACAUCUUUGACUGGGAAUCACAAGAAUGGCAAAAAUGACACAUUAACACAUUAACUUGAUCAUCACCGUAAAUAAUAAUAAUGAUAAUAAACUAAAGACAAAACUCGGCAGUUGAACUCGAUCAAGUAUAGAGUAAAAUAUCCAGCAAAGAGAGAAGCUUUUUCUUCUUCUUCUUCUUCCUCGUCUUGAAUCAUCUCUGGUCACCUUGAAUCAUCAACCAUCAUCCAGCACAAUCAUCUAAAUUCAUCUCCGCUAACCAUCAGCCAUUAAAAUCAUCAAACUCAAGUUGAUCAUCUAUUUGUGAAUUGUUGAGAAAAAAAAAUUAUACGAAACAAAAAACAUAAGUUAACACGAAAGCGCAUUUUGGUGUCUCUACUGAUUUUAUAUAUUGAUAAUGAUCGCAAUUGAUUGAUGAUUAUCAAUAAUAAUUGAUUCACAAAACACACACAAUUAGAUAUAUUAUUAUUACUAUUAUCAUUGUUAUUAUUAUUAUCAUCAUAGCAUAUUAGGAUAACCCUGGGAUUAAUCAGAUUCAAGGAUUGAAUUAGAUUGUUAUUCAAGACAAGCAUUAAAACUCACCUAAUAGCACAAAUCACAACUAACAGGAUCAAAUUAUUUAACCAAAUUUGGGUUUUGGUUUCGUUUUUUGCUGAAGUAAAAUGAUAACAAGUAACAAAGCAAAGCCAAGACUCGGACGUUAUCUGGUGUUGCUGUUAAACCACUGACUUGGACGUUUUAUCGACUGAUGAUUAGUGAUAUUGAACAGCAAUUACUGUUGACUGUGUUGACCAAUUUAAUGUGAAAACUCAAUUUGGCUGAGAAAGAAAAAACAUUCUCUUCUUUUCUUUUCCCUUUUGUGGUUUCUAUUUUUGACCAUUUUACCUGGUUCCAGCGUGCUUCCUCAUCAACAUAUCAUGUUGUUUCAUUUUUACUCUAACCUCUUCAAAUGGUAUAAACUUUAACGCAUCAAGUAAAAACACUGAAAAAAGCUAAACUCACAAAACUCAUCAUUAUCAUCAAUGGCUGAAACCAUUUGUCAAUGUAUAAUAAUAUAUUAAUCCAUCAAAAGACAUCAUCUUGAACAAACUGUGACAAAACAAAAAAACUAUGAAACAAGCUGAAUAUCAAUCCUUAUCGGAUCAACGUUCAUCCUUCAUCAGAAAUAUUCAUAUCCACUAUUGAAACACACAAAACACACACACACACACACAAUCGCCUUUUGCUCACCUUGCGAGACAAAGAAGAAAAAUGAAACACGAAAAAUUACCAUGAAAUUGAAACAAAAAACACCCAAUCAAGGAUUCACCAAUCAAGUUCAUAUCAAAAACCAUAUCACUGAACACCAAUUAUAUCACCGAUUCCCAAUGUUAAAUGCGCCUUCAACUCUUCAACUCUUAACAUUUGAUAAUGCCAUUAGUAAUAAUAAUGUUGAUCAUGAUGAUUAUGAUGAUUAUGAUGAUGAUAUCACUUUGCAUCUGUUAAAAACUUGAGGCUUACCUUAAUGUAUAAAGACAAGGAUUGCAUUAAUAAGCAAUACAGUAAAUCAAUUGAUUUACGGCUUCUUUCAGCUCAUCAAUAUCAUUACAAUAAUUAUUUACACAAAAAAGGUUAACAUUUUGUUAACCUUAAAACCCAAUCUUUAGACGGCAGUUUACAGCCUUUCAACCCAAUUCAGUGAAGUUUCUAGGUUUGACUAGAGCAAGUGACUAGACUAAUCAUGUACAUAAAUGAGUGUCUCAAAUCCCUUUUUUUGAUGAUAAAACACAAUGAGCAAAUCAUCCAACACAGUCUCUUCCACUCUUCAUCAUCGUUAUUAUCAUCUUCAUCUUCAUCGUCAACAGCAUUGUUAUUGGUACAAGAAAAAAAGAACCAAAUUUGCUGUUCAAUUCUUACCCGAUUUUUUUUGCUCCUCCUGAAUGUUGAUCAUUCAAUUUACAUUCAACUUGCAUUUAACAGUCUAAAUUGUUGAUAAUCAAUGAAGCUAUUAUGAUGAAAAUGAUUGCUACAAUAUUAAAAGCUCAAGAUGAUCAACCAAAGAGGCAGUGUGUCAACCUGGACUUGUUCAUCUCUAAAUCGCGAUGAAAGGCUUUAAUUAUUAUUGAAAAAAAUCGAGCUAAUUGUAAUCAAGAAGAAACACUUUUCUCUCACCUCUUUUUUGUUCAAAAUCAUUGUCAAUCAUUACAAUCAACCAACUCUCUGUGACUGUGUGUCAAGUUUGUGUGUUUAAUUGUGUUCUUUCUUAUUUGCAAAACAAAAACAAACCAUUUACUGCUUAUAAUACUGAUUGUAAUAAUAAUAUAAUGAUGAUAAUAAUAAUAUUAGUAAUAAUUAUAAUAACAAUAAUUCAUUUUCUCCCUGUUUGCCUGAUAAUAUAAUUCAAUACAUCUAUACAUAUGUAUACAAAUAAAUGAACUUGACAGCUUUUUAUUUGUUAACUUACCUGACUGUAAGACAACAAAACAAAUCAACAAACCAAAACUCAACCCAAUUUUCAUUUAACCUUGUUUACCUUUUAUUUUUAUCAUUAAUUAACUAAUUGUCUAAUGUUUUACAAAAUUAUUUUACAAUCAUUAUGUUGAUCCUUAUUUUUAAAUUUACAACAAAAAUGACAUUUUUUCCUUUUCUUUUCUUCUUCUUCUUUCAUUUCUUUUUAUAACAAAACCUAAACUUGAUUAUUUGCUUAAAAGUAACUUUAAUUUUA